AUGUAUCGGUUUCCAGCCAGGCCUGCUUUGGCCAAAUCUCUCAACCGGGCAAUUCUCGGAUCUAAAAUUCAAACAAGGCAGCUAUCUAUUCAUGAAUACAUGUCGAUGGGCUUGUUGAACGAAUAUGGAAUACCCACGCCGAUUAGCAAAGCUGCAAAAACUCCACAAGAGGCGCACAAAAUUGCCGAAAGUUUUGGCAAGCCGAUGGUAAUUAAGGCUCAAGUCUUAGCGGGUGGUCGAGGAAAAGGUCACUUUGAAGGGAAAGAUGGCCUCAAAGGAGGGGUGCAGAUGGUCGACACCCCGGAACAGGCGUUGCAGUAUGCCAAACAAAUGAUCGGACACAAGCUCAUCACCAAGCAAACCGGUGCCGCUGGCCGAAUCUGUAAUGCCGUCAUGCUUGCCGAGAAACGCGAACCAUCGCACGAAUACUACGUUGCCAUUCUUAACGAUCGAUCUCUCAAUGGACCGGCACUUGUGGCUUCUGCUCAGGGAGGAAUGAACAUCGAAGAAGUGGCUGCCAAAGACCCCGCUGCGAUUCACACCUUCCCCAUCGACUUCCAGAAAGGCCUUUCUAAGCAACAAGGUGUCGAAAUUGCCACGAAGCUAGGAAUCAAAAAUCGCGAAGCCGCUGCGGAUAUUUUCAUCAACCUUUAUCGACUAUUCAAGGACAAGGAUGCAACCCAGAUCGAAAUCAACCCCUUAGCCGAAACCAAAGAUGGAGCUAUUUUAUGCAUGGACGCGAAGUUGGGCUUCGACGAGAAUGCCGAAUUCAGACAAGAAAAGGUGUUUCAACUAAGAGAUCGAAGUCAAGAAGAUCCAACCGAGGUCGAAGCAGCGGAGUAUGGGUUGAAUUUGAUCAAACUGGAUGGUAACAUCGGAUGUCUUGUCAAUGGAGCUGGCCUGGCUAUGGCGACUAUGGAUGUGCUGAAGUUGAACGGCGGCAACCCCGCUAACUUCCUUGACGUUGGAGGAGGAGCUACCGCUGAAGCAGUCAAAAAAGCAUUCGAGCUUAUCACCAGCGACAAGGGUGUAAAAUCAAUCUUUGUGAACAUUUUUGGAGGAAUCAUGAGGUGUGAUGUCAUUGCAGAGGGCAUCAUCAAAGCGACCAAUGAACUAUCACUCGAUAUUCCAUUGAUCGUCCGUUUGCAGGGUACAAAGGAGAAAGAAGCUAAGAAGUUGAUCAAGGAAUCCAAGAUGAAAAUCUUUGCUUUUGACGGACUUGACGAGGCGGCUUGCAAAGCUGUCGAAGCGGCCGCUUGA